AUGGACGAAGUUGGCGUUGACGCUGCACGUUAUUUCUUAACUAUGCGUAGUCCUGAUAGUCACUUUGAUUUUGAUAUGGAAUUAGCGAAAGAGCAAUCUCAAGACAAUCCAGUUUACUAUGCUCAAUAUGCACAUGCGCGUAUUUGUUCAAUUUUAAAACAAGCGAAAGAGCAAGGA